UUAGUAUACAAGUAUAUUAUAGAUACUAUAGUUAAUUUGUUUAUAGGUAUGUGGCGUGUAUAGGAUUUUGUUAAUGAGGGAAGUUUAUAAUUUUAAAAUCGUGUGUCAUACAUACUGGUAAGUAUGCCGUAUACUAAACCAUAAGACUAAAAAAAAUAUUUAAUUUAUACAUUUUUGUAAGUAAUUUAUAAUUAUUUAAACUAUUCUAAAAUUUAUAUUUAAAUCGAAUUAACUAAGUAAAAUACUAUUACUAGUAUUGGUUUAGUAUAGAUACUAAUCUGGUUCUAAUGUGUCGUUUUAAACAAAAAAAUGGAUAACCUCCAUGUUUUGGUUUUUUGAUAUUAUAUUAAAUAACACAUUUUUGACACAUGUUUAAACACAUUUUAGAUUUUUUUGACCAGAAAACUAUAACUUCUACGACAACUUUGUGAUAACUUGUCAGCAGGGGUGGAGUGAGAACCAAUUCAGUCCGGGAGAUUAAAAUUUAUCCAGGCAACCCAAUAAAAUAUGUACUUACCAAACAUAAUUUUUCUUGCGUUUUAAUUUGAACCAAUGGUGCCAGGAUUUUAAGUUGAGAGAAGUUAAAUACAUUUCUUCUUAAAGCAUGAUCGAAAAUAAGAAGGGGUAGAGGAAAUUUCCACCCUCCUAAAUAAUUUACAAAAAUGAUUUCAUCAAUAUGCAUUGAAAUGUAAUAAUUCAAACGAAAAUGUAGAUAACGCCAAACCGGAUUUUUUACACUAUAUACAUUAUAUACCUACGUGUGUGUGUGUUAAUACAAAUAAUACUUACUAUGAAUUUUAUCUUCCUAAUAUUAUUAUUUUACAUCAUUCGUCAUUAUGUACUUAUAUUAUGUAUUUCAUAUAUGUUAUAUGCAUAACGAAAACUGGCUGUUCUAUUUUUCUUAUCUCGACACAUUUGUUUUCACAUUUGAACCUGCAGUAUUAAAAAAACAGAAUAUGUUUUACGACUGCAUCGUAGGUACUAGAUGAAUAGUGGGGUAUAUAAUUUAAUCAAAAUAUCAUUUUCGUCUGCACCAGCUGACCUCUGUAUAAUAAAUUGACAUAUUAAACACUUUACACGCGUACACUGAUAAUAAUUAUAUAUUAAUUGCAUUACAUGGGCAAACAUGUCAUUGAAAAUAAACAAUGAGUUUGAGAAUACAAUAACAUGUAUACAUAACUAACUUUAGCCUUCACCAAUGCAGAGGCGGUGUUUAGGGGAGCCGCGGGAGCCAUAGUCCCCCCCUAUACAUUUUGUUUUACUGUACUCGUAUAAAUAGUUUUUUUCUAAUUAUGUAUAGGCAUGCCUAUAUAAUAUAUAUAUUAAAAAAUAUUUCCCCACCCCCCUAGGCAAAGAACUAAAUCCGCUACUGCGCCAAUGAAUACCACACUAAUUUAACAUUUAUAGCAUCCACUUUAUGUUAUACACAUAAUAUUAUACAGCCAUACAGGGUUUUCUACGAAGAUUUACCCGUCUCCCCAGAGAAUAAAGAUAAUAAAAUUCUGUUUUUUCCUUUUUAUUAUUAUUACUUGCAGGGAUAAGGACUACACAUUUUAUAUUUUAAUUCAAUUUGCAUGUUUUAUUAAAUACUUAAAAAAAUAACUUUUAAUUUUAUUAUUUUGAAGUAUAUUAUAAUGAUUUGAAGAUAGCCAUUUUAUAGAGUUUAUUGUUCUUCUAAAUAUUUUGACGUAUUAACUUUUUAUUUUCAUUAAAUUAGUGAUUUUCAAUAAUUGUUUAAAGUUCAUAGUGCCUAUAAUUAUGUAGCAGGCCGUAAUCGUAGUCUGCGACACAAAAACUGGCGGUGGCCGCCAUAACACGCCCGCCAUAGUCCAACCGUUAGCCAUGAGUAAUCAAACUGCACUGCGCCGCAGCGAUGUUUACACGCCAGAAAGAGUUAAUACUUCCCAAGAUAACGAGUGUACCCACCUGGUAUAAUAUACAUAUUUGGGGGGAGGGGGUUCAGACUUCUGAAAUUCAAAUGAGAACCUUUAUUAGAAAUUCCAUAAAUAAAUGAAGUAAUAUUUCAAAUAAAUUUUAGUUUUGAAAUUUUUGAUUUCCGUCAACCCAUGACAAGAUAUUUAAUUUUCUAUUUUAGGCAGGGGGAGAGUAGUAGAACACUAUUCAAAUGCCGCGCUCCGUGCCGUGCUACUACACAAGCAACCACAGCGCGUAAAAAUUGCUGGUAGAAAAGUUAUCCACAAAAAAAAAAAUCGUAAUAUUUUACUUAUUUCAUACGUUUUCCCAUUUUUUUUUUGUUUUUGGUUUUUCACAUUUGAUGAGAAAACUCCUGAGAAAAAUCGAAAAAUAAUCAUCCUUAAGUACUAACCUAAGAAAAUUUCCUUUUAGAAAAGGGUCUUCAUAGUAUACAUCGGAGUAAGCUUUUUUGUAGAAAAUUCGAUAAAUAGAUGGAUUAUUAGUUAAAUAAAUUUUAGUUUUAAAUAUUUUUGAUUUCCGUCAAUCCAUUUACGAGAUAUUCCAUUUUUAAGUUUGGGUUGGAGGAGAGUAGUAAUGCAUUAUUAACACGCUGCAGGCCGUACCGCCACACAAAUAUUACUCAAAUGACAAAUUAAUUUUUUUUAUUGAAUUUUGGAUCUAGUAAAUGUAUUAUGAUCAUGUUUUAAUUUUCCCAAUUAUAUUGGAAAAACGAGAAAUUCACGAUCAUUCUCUACUCGCAGGCGCUUUAAAACAUGGGUUCAAGCAAAUAUGAGGGAUGAGCAACUCACAAGUCACAGGUCUCGCUUUGCUCAAUCCACAAAAAUGUAGUCAUAAAUAUUGAUGAAAUCAUUUCUAGAUUUGGAAAAACCAAAAAUGAAAAAUAAACUUUAUCAUUUUAUUUUAAAAAUGAACAAUAAUUAAUAAAGAUUCAAUAGUUAGUUGAUGAUUUACUAUCAUUAUUUUUAAUUAUGUAUUACUUUUUUGUCUUUUUUGAAAAAAUGACACCACAAAUUUUAGGUUUGGUGCGGGCCUGCUUAUUAGAUUACCUAUUUACGUUUACAAAAUUGUUGGAUGAUGACGUAAUAUUGAAUUUUUUGAAUUACAUCAAAGUUCAAGAGUGUUUAACAUUCAACCUUACCAUGUGAAACCUAUUUAAAAUCUAGAACGUUUUGGAUUUCUAAAAAUCUAAUUUGAUCUACCUAAGUAGCCUCGUUUAUAAAAAUAAAUUAACAUCUAUUUUAUAAAAUAAUUAUUUAUGUAUUAAAAUACAUUCAUUAUAAAGAAAAAUAUCACUGAUAUAGUAAUAUCUAUGACAAUAGUUAAGUAUACAGAGUUCAGUUUGUACAUUUUGCUAAAGACAAAUAUUUAUGGAAGAAGGUUCAAACUAAAUGACGUGAUAUCUAUGGAUUAUGGCCUGUAACAAAAUUAAAGUAAAGAUAGGUAGGUACCAAAAAUAGUGUAAUAUUCUUAAAACACGUUCAAUGUAAUAACAGGAAUAGUAUAUUAAUAUGUUCUAACCACUUGUAUCGCCACGACACCGUUGAUCAUAGCGAGUUAACGUCACCACAGAUAAAUCAAUUCGCAAUUAUUGUCUUUCGUAGUAGUUUUUAUCAAGUUAAUCAAAUUUUAAAUUUAAUUUCAGUAAAAUUGUGUUCGCAAAAAUUCAAAAUUUAGAGUAAUAUAUUCGAUGUAGUAUAUGAUAGUAGUAAUUGACUUUUGCAGCAAUUGUAGCAACCCCAUUAUACAAUCACGACAAUAGAUAAUAUUAUCUCUUACGCGAACACGCGUCGGUGACACGAAAAAUACUGAUAACGAACGUUUCAGAAUCCAGAUUACUAACGUUUAUGUUUUGCUUUCGAUCUGUAUUAUUUUUUCAUUUCUUUCAAUCAUUAUUAUUUCGUUUUACUGGGAUAGGGUUAAAUAAUUAUUUAGUUUGGUAUUAUUUCAUUUUUUCACAUCCAUCAUAUCGAUAUUAACACUGUUUGUAGACCAUGUCUUUGAACUUAACCAAAGCAACUGGCACCGAUUAUUUCCUUACCAAGGAACUAUUGGUAGCUCUUCUGGUUCUGCUUGUCACAUUAGGUAAGCAGUCUAUAUGAUAUUUUGAAUUUGAUCUACUCAUUUAUUGUCUAACAAUGUAUGUUUUUCUUCAGUACUGUUCAUUUUAUGGAAAAAAAGCCGGGCAACUAAAAGUGAUGUACUCCUUGUGGGGUUGUGUGAUUCUGGUAAGACUGCUCUCUUUUCAUACUUGUCUUUCAACAAACCAAUACAGUCGUUUAUGUCCCAAGUGGAGAAUAUUGCCGAGUAUAAAAGUAAAAAGGUAUUGUACUAAAACUAGGCACAUUAAAUUUUAGUAGCAAAAUGUACUGAAUUGUAAUUUUGGUUUUCUAGAGCUUGUUACGCCUAGUCGACAUUCCUGGACAUGAAAGAGUAUUCCCAAAAUAUUGGGAAAUGUAUAAAAUGAAUUGUAAAGGUGUUAUGUUUGUUAUAGAUUCAGAAACAGUACAGACUAACAUAUGUGAUGUGGCUGAGUAGGAAUUUCUUGAAAUUCUAUUAAUAUAUUGGGUAGUUUUAUGACUUGUCUAAUUACCUGUAUCUAAUUUUCAUUAUAUUAUAGGUUAUUGUAUAGAAUUUUAACUGAUGAUACUAUUCAAUCGAACAAAGUUAAAAUUAUGAUUGUGUGUAACAAACAAGAUAAACUGAUGGCCAAGGGAGCGGAAGUAAUAAAAACAUUACUUGAAAAUGAACUGUUAGUAAUUAGUAAUUAUUGUUAUCCUUGUGAUUUUACAUUUAUUUUAUUCUAUGUUUUAGAGAUACAUUGAAGUUAACUAAGAUGAGUCAGCUAGAAAGUAUUGAUGGCAAAAAGAACAAAUCUCUGCUGGGAAGAAAGAAGAAACAUUUUGACUUUUCACACUGCCCAAUGCCUGUUGAGUUUGCAGAAAUAAUUUCUGCAUGUCAAGAUGUAGUUUUAGAACCAGUUGUUAACUGGUUGGAAAAAAUGCAGUAA